UUCUCAAGUACGACACGUGCAUGUAAUUGUGCUUUACUAGCUGGUACGGAGAUCAUCAUCAUCGUCGUCUUGGCGAACCUUACGCGUCAUGUCGAAACGCAAAGGCGAAGAUCUCCCGGUGUCGCCCGAUGACUUUUCACCCCCGGGUGUGAAAACACGUUCGAUUCGGAAAAGUGGGAAACGUCAACGGCGGAUCCAAGUAGCCGAAGAGUCGGACGCCGAACCCUCGUCUCCGUCCGUCGCGGCUUUUCAAAACCCACCAUCUUCGUCGUCAUCGAUACCAACUGAUCGACAAUCCAACAACAACAACAACAACAACAACAAGAAGGAUGACGACGACAGGGACGAUUCGUCGGAUCCCGAAGACCCCAUGGAAGACUCGAAUCGACGACGACGAACCAACCCGAGUAAAACACACGACACUGCACGGCGCAAGGCUCCACCCGCCGCAUCCGGCAGCCCUAAGGAAGCGGGAGAGAACGUUCCACUUUCCCGUCGACUAGACUAUCGAGAAACCGAUACUCGCAAGGAAUCUCCAACAACGUUGCCUACCGAAUCGGUUUUGCGGGAACGGGACGUGUUGGAAAACGGACACGACAAAACCACCACAGACGACGUUGAUGCGGAGGAGCAUCGCCGCAACAACGACCACGACGACGUUCGUCCACACGUUUCGGUACACAUUCGCGUUUACCAGUUUGUGACGGAACUCGUUGCGGGACCGACCAGCGCACCCCAGGUCGAGACGGAAAUGGACGUACCGGUAAAUACGGAUACUGCGUCUGCGGGAUCACGCACAUGGAUGCAGCUGUCCUGGGUUUGGGUCCUACUCAUCCUCGCGUGGCACAUCAUUUGCUUUCCAUUGGCCAUCAAUCCAGGCUUGGUCACGGUAUCGUCUACGGGCAAUUACCUGACAACGGUCUAUCGAGCACAGGCCAAGCUGGCGCAAGCGGUGCAAGGUCUGCAAACCGUACAACAUCAGCAGCUGGCGCGAUUGCGCACCGCGCGGAUCGCGCUGGAACAAGCCGAGAACGCGUUUCGGUCACAACAACUCGCCGCGGAAGAGAAUCUGGCGAGACUGGAACAGAGUUGGGAGACCGAGGCGUCUUCUGUGAUGGAGCGAUUGGAGAAAGAGGAAGCAACGGCUCGGACAUUGAAUCACUGGAUCGAACAAGUCUUGGUGGAAGUUCCGGACGACGAAGAGGAAGAAGAAUACGUGGAGGCGGUAUCUGUGCCGCCCGAAAUUCGCAAUGUUCUCGGCCCCACACAAGACGCGCUGUUGGACUCUUCGUUCAUCACGCUAUGGGAUGUUCCCGAACCAGUGAUUUGCGAAACACCCGAUGUCAGCGGUCUAGCUGGUGGGCUAUACAAGGAAGAUGUGGAGCAAGCCAUUUCGGACCUAAUAACAGAUAUUGUACAAGUUGAUGAGGAAAUGGAAGAAAUGGUCCGAAAAUGGGUGGAAAACUAUCUGGACACCAAAGCAGGAGAUGCAAUGACGACGACGACCACCGCCGAUGCUAAUAUACCGCCAUUGGAUGGUGUCGUCGACGCUGAUGCAUUGAAGAAGCUCCGCGCGUUCAUUGACGGCCGUAUGGAGGUUGAACGUGCCGACCAAACUGGCUUAAUUGACUACGCAUCGUUACUGAAUGGUGCUCGGAUUAUAAGGGUGGGCGACCGGUCAACUAGUAUGUCGCUCGUAGACCAACUACCGGUCUUUAAUCGGUUGGCCGCUCUACUUUCGCUUCGCUUUUACGGACACGGACCGGAAGCGGCUCUGCUACCCACGUAUCCACCCAAUGCUCUCGGGCAAUGUUGGUCCUUUGAGCCACCAGCCAGUAGGCGAAGCGGUCCCUUUGGUGUAUUGACGGUGCAGCUUUCACGCCCAAUUCACGUGCAGAGUGUUUCUAUUGAACACCCACCACCCGAACUGACGGACAAAUCCCAGACAGCAAUCCGGUCCUUUCGUAUCGAGGGCUUUGAAGAUACGCAAACACACGGCAAAGCGCACUCCCUCGGCUCGUUCGAGUACGACGGCCAGAAAGGUCUGCGUCAAGAUUUCGAUGUAGACCGAAACGUUCCGCGGUUGCAAUCCAUCAGUUUAGUCGUUGACACGAACUGGGGCGAACCGUACGCUUGUCUCUACCGGUUCCGAGUACACGGUCAGGAGUAG